AUGAGGUUGCUUGCACCGUGCAUUCAUCAUGCAGUUAAAACAAUAUCGGAUGACCUUUUUCUGAUUAUUCUACUUGUAGUCUUUGGCUCUGUUUUGCUACCUUUGUCAGUUCUCGCUUUCAUAAAACUUAAUCCUUCCUUGCGGAAGCAGCCACCUUCAACAAAGGUGGCUCCCUCUGUGAGCACUAACCUCCCAUCUCACUUGGGUCACAGUCUUGUCAAGGCAGCUUUGAAUGUCGGUGAUUUAAGGCGUGCCCAACAACUGUUUGAUAAUAUUCCUCAACCAGACCCCACCACUUGUUAUACAUUAAUUUCAGCUCUCACUACUUAUGGAUUUCCACAUGAGGCUUUAAGGCUCUAUGCUUCGCUUCGGGAACGUAAGAUCAAACCCCAGAACUCUGUGUUUCUGGCUGUUGCCAAGGCCUCUGGUGCCUCUGGUGAUCUCUUGAGAGUCAAGGAGAUUCAUGAUGAUUCCAUUCGAUGUGGGAUGAUUUCUGAUGUUUUCUUAGGAAAUGCAUUGAUUCAUGCCUAUGGGAAGUGUAGAUGCACUGAAGGUGCAAGACGGGUUUUUGAUGAUUUGGUUGUGAAAGAUGUGGUUUCUUGGACCUCCAUGUCUUCAUGCUAUGUCAAUUGUGGAUUGCCCAGACAAGGCCUAGCUGUUUUUCGCGAGAUGGGACGGAAUGGGGUGAAGCCUAAUUCAGUGACAGUGUCUAGCAUUUUGCCUGCGUGCUCGGAAUUGAAAGAUCUGAAGUCUGGAAGGGCUAUUCAUGGAUAUGCAAUGAGACAUGGGAUGAUGGAAAAUGUGUAUGUCUGCAGUGCUCUUGUGAGCAUGUAUGCUAGAUGUUUGAGUGUUAAACCGGCUAGACUAGUUUUUGAUUUGAUGCCUCAUCGAGAUGUUGUGUCUUGGAAUGGACUUUUAUCGGCAUACUUCACAAACAAAGAAUAUGAGAAGGGUCUUGCCCUGUUUUCCCAAAUGAGGAGCAAAGGAGUCAAAGCAGAUGAAGCUACAUGGAAUGCUGUUAUUGGGGGUUGCAUGGAAAACGGGAAAAUAGAGGAGGCAGUGGAGAUGCUUAGGAAGAUGCAAAACAUGGGAUUUAAACCUAAUCAAAUUACAAUUAGUAGUUUUUUACCGGCUUGCUCUUUUUUAGAAAGCUUGAGGAUGGGCAGGGAGGUACAUUGCUAUGUCGUUAGGCAUUGGUUAAUUUGGGACUUGACAACCAUGACUGCGGUGGUAUACAUGUAUGCUAAAUGUGGUGACUUGAAUCUUUCAAGGAAUGUGUUUGAUAUGAUGCACAGAAAAGAUGUUGUUGCUUGGAACACGAUGAUAAUUGCUAAUACAAUGCAUGGAAAUGGAAAAGAAGUACUUAUGCUGUUCGAGAGCAUGCUUCAGUCAGGGAUGAAGCCCAAUUCUGUUACUUUUACUGGUGUUCUGUCUGGUUGUAGCCACUCAAGGUUGGUAGAGGAAGGACUCCAGAUCUUUAAUUCAAUGGGUAGGGAUCAUCAAGUCGAACCUGAUGCUAAUCACUAUGCAUGCAUGGUUGAUGUCUUCAGCCGUGCUGGUCGGCUUGGUGAGGCGUACGAGUUCAUACAGGGAAUGCCUAUGGAGCCAACUGCCAGUGCUUGGGGAGCACUUCUUGGUGCUUGUAGAGUUUAUAAGAAUGUGGAAUUGGCAAAAAUUUCAGCCAAUAAAUUAUUUGAGAUUGAACCCAACAACCCUGGAAAUUAUGUUUUAUUAUUCAACAUCCUUGUCACAGCCAAAUUGUGGAGUGAAGCUUCAAAAGCGAGAAUAUUGAUGAAAGAGAGAGGAGUUACAAAAACUCCAGGCUGUAGUUGGCUUCAAGUGGGAAAUAGAGUUUACACUUUUGUUGUUGGAGACAAAAAUAACAUGGAGAGUGAUAAAAUCUAUGACUUUUUGAAUGAGUUAGAUGAGAAAAUGAAAUUGGCCGGAUAUAAGCCUGACACUGAUUAUGUUCUACAAGAUGUUGACCAAGAGGAAAAAGCUGCUAGUCUUUGUAGCCAUAGUGAGAGGCUCGCUGUUGCAUUUGGGAUUCUUAAUUUGAAUGGACAGUCAUCUCUACGGGUUUUCAAGAAUUUGAGAAUUUGUGGUGACUGUCACAAUGUCAUUAAGUACAUUUCUAAAAUUGUUGGCGUGACAAUCAUCGUUAGAGACUCCUUGAGGUUUCAUCAUUUCAGAAAUGGAAAUUGUUCUUGUCAAGACUUGUGGGUUCAACAGCGGUUAGGUCAGCCAUUAUGCCCAUGUCAGAUUCUUAGCAAAAAAUCAAAUUCCUCUCAAGAAAAUGCUUCGAUGAGGUUGCUUGCACCGUGCAUUCAUCAUGCAGUUAAAACAAUAUCGGAAGACCUUUUUCUGAUUAUUCUACAGCCCGUAAAAAANGUGUCUUGGAAUGGACUUUUAUCGGCAUACUUCACAAACAAAGAAUAUGAGAAGGGUCUUGCCCUGUUUUCCCAAAUGAGGAGCAAAGGAGUCAAAGCAGAUGAAGCUACAUGGAAUGCUGUUAUUGGGGGUUGCAUGGAAAACGGGAACAUAGAGGAGGCAGUGGAGAUGCUUAGGAAGAUGCAAAACAUGGGAUUUAAACCUAAUCAAAUUACAAUUAGUAGUUUUUUACCGGCUUGCUCUUUUUUAGAAAGCUUGAGGAUGGGCAGGGAGGUACAUUGCUAUGUCGUUAGGCAUUGGUUAAUUUGGGACUUGACAACCAUGACUGCGGUGGUAUACAUGUAUGCUAAAUGUGGUGACUUGAAUCUUUCAAGGAAUGUGUUUGAUAUGAUGCACAGAAAAGAUGUUGUUGCUUGGAACACGAUGAUAAUUGCUAAUACAAUGCAUGGAAAUGGAAAAGAAGUACUUAUGCUGUUCGAGAGCAUGCUUCAGUCAGGGAUGAAGCCCAAUUCUGUUACUUUUACUGGUGUUCUGUCUGGUUGUAGCCACUCAAGGUUGGUAGAGGAAGGACUCCAGAUCUUUAAUUCAAUGGGUAGGGAUCAUCAAGUCGAACCUGAUGCUAAUCACUAUGCAUGCAUGGUUGAUGUCUUCAGCCGUGCUGGUCGGCUUGGUGAGGCGUACGAGUUCAUACAGGGAAUGCCUAUGGAGCCAACUGCCAGUGCUUGGGGAGCACUUCUUGGUGCUUGUAGAGUUUAUAAGAAUGUGGAAUUGGCAAAAAUUUCAGCCAAUAAAUUAUUUGAGAUUGAACCCAACAACCCUGGAAAUUAUGUUUUAUUAUUCAACAUCCUUGUCACAGCCAAAUUGUGGAGUGAAGCUUCAAAAGCGAGAAUAUUGAUGAAAGAGAGAGGAGUUACAAAAACUCCAGGCUGUAGUUGGCUUCAAGUGGGAAAUAGAGUUUACACUUUUGUUGUUGGAGACAAAAAUAACAUGGAGAGUGAUAAAAUCUAUGACUUUUUGAAUGAGUUAGAUGAGAAAAUGAAAUUGGCCGGAUAUAAGCCUGACACUGAUUAUGUUCUGCAAGAUGUUGACCAAGAGGAAAAAGCUGCUAGUCUUUGUAGCCAUAGUGAGAGGCUCGCUGUUGCAUUUGGGAUUCUUAAUUUGAAUGGACAGUCAUCUCUACGGGUUUUCAAGAAUUUGAGAAUUUGUGGUGACUGUCACAAUGUCAUUAAGUACAUUUCUAAAAUUGUUGGCGUGACAAUCAUCGUUAGAGACUCCUUGAGGUUUCAUCAUUUCAGAAAUGGAAAUUGUUCUUGUCAAGACUUGUGGUGAUUAUUUGAAUCAGGCUGUUGUUCUUCUAAGAACUUGUUGGAUAUGAUCUUUAAAUUCUUUUAGGUUCAACAGCGGUUAGGUCAGCCAUUAUGCCCAUGUCAGAUUCUUAGCAAAAAAUCAAAUUCCUCUCAAGAAAAUGCUUCGAUGAGGUUGCUUGCACCGUGCAUUCAUCAUGCAGUUAAAACAAUAUCGGAUGACCUUUUUCUGAUUAUUCUACGUAUUUUGUGAUAAAAUAUGCUUCAGUUAUAUAUGGAUAGAAUCGAAUAGACUGAAUGAAUAUAAGUUGAUUACUUGUUGAAA